AUGCCCGCCCUCACCACCACCGCUCAAGAAAGUUCAGCCCAACUCCGCCCCCGGACCACCUCUCCUCCCCCAAUCUUCAACCCGACGCCCCGGAAGUCCCACGAUCGAUCGUCGCUGAGUAAUGCUUUUGUCUGGGCCAGUGAAGCUAAUGGCGAGAAUGGCCACGUUGAUACUACAUCCUCUGAGUUCUUCAUGACGAACCUCAAGACGGCCAGCUUCCAGUCACUGCCUCACACGAACAAGUCCGUCGUCUCUUCACACGGGCGCGAGAGGUCCCAUUCACGAAAUGGAAGCUUGCUCUCACUCGGUGCGGGGGACCGUGGCGAGGUCCAUAAGGAUCAUCAUCAUCCUCAUCAUCCUCAUCAUCAUCAUCUUCAUCAUCAACAACAACAACAGCAUGCGAGGCAUUCACUGGCAAACGGGAUCGACGCUCAGGUGGACCGACCCUACAGCGCCGCUUUGUCGAACGGCACAUGUGCUCUACCUCCCCCAGCCAGUCCUAAACCCAUGUUGAACGGCGAUCGCUCGUCGACUGAUGAGAUAUCGACAGAACACACCCCGCCGACCUCCAUAGUUCCGACCCCCGUAGCCGAAAACGACGGCGGGUUUGCCCCGUUCCAGCAGACAACAAACCGACGUGCAUCCCCCCCACCCACGCUCCAGACCGAUUUUGAAAAUUCGGCUUCGCCUCCUAGCCCACGAAGCCCUCGUCUCAUCCAACGACAUACCCUGCAGGUCCCAAGGACGACGUCGGGAAGAAGGAGUGUCCGCGACUCGCUUGCACCCAGCCCUUCCGACGAUAAUCUUACCUCCAGUGAUCGAUUUUCCUCCGCCUCCGGUUUCCGAAGGGGAUCCCUCAGCCUGGCGCGACGGACCCCAAGAUCCAUCCAGUCAGAUCUUUAUCUUGACGAGGGCUCUCCGCAAGAUGACGAUGCUGUACGGUGGACGAAAGCGAUCAAGCACAGAAGAGCCAGCAAGCGGAAGAGGAGAGACGAAGAGGACGAAGAUCGGGUUAUUGUGGGAACAAAAGUGGACCAGAACCAUGUCAACUAUGUCACUGCGUAUAAUAUGUUGACAGGAAUCCGCUUUACGGUUUCGAGGACGAAUGCCAAACUGGACCGUGAGCUAACGGAUGCUGAUUUUGAAGCUAAGCAUAAGUUUUCUUUUGAUAUAACUGGUAACGAAUUGACGCCUUCCGCCAAAUAUGAUUUCAAGUUUAAGGACUAUGCCCCGUGGGUGUUUCGCCGUUUGCGGGCAAAAUUCCAACUCGAUCCGGCUGAUUACCUGAUGUCACUCACGAGCAAAUAUAUAUUAUCCGAACUGGGGUCGCCUGGGAAGAGUGGAAGUUUCUUUUACUUUUCUCGCGAUUACAAGUAUAUCAUCAAAACUAUCCACCACGCCGAACAUAAGCUGCUCCGGAGAAUACUCCGUGAUUACUAUCAACAUAUCGAGAAUAACCCGAAUACCUUGAUCUCACAGUUCUACGGCCUGCAUCGCGUCAAGAUGGCGUAUGGCCGGAAGAUUCAUUUCGUCGUUAUGAAUAACCUGUUUCCUCCGCAUCGGGAUAUUCAUCAAAUGUUCGAUCUUAAGGGAUCCACAAUUGGGAGAGAUUUUCGAGAAGAGGACCUGGUGAGCAAUCCGAGGGCGACUCUGAAGGACCUUAACUGGCUACGAAGACACCGCCAUCUUGAAUUGGGCCCGAUGAAGCGAGAUGUGUUUCUCGCACAGCUACGGAGAGACGUGGCCCUCCUCCAACGUUUAAAAAUUAUGGACUACUCGUUGCUCGUCGGGAUUCAUGACGUGGAGAAAGGAAAUGAGGAGAAGUUACGAGAUAAAACGUUACAGGUGUUUCAGCCUGGUGGGGAGAUAAUCGAGGAGCAGGAGCAGCAGCAGCAGCAGCAGCAGCAACAGCAGCAGUCGGAUGGGCUAAUAAGGACCCCGUCGAAGCUCGAAAGUGCACGAAAGGCGAGGGAGUUGCGAGAAAUCAUCAAGCGAGAGAAGCCGGUUCCAAUCGAGCAGGCGACGGCAAAGAUGCCCGAUGAAAUACUCGAUGAGCGGAAAAAUCGUGUUUUCUAUUCGGAUGAAGGCGGACUUCAGUCUACGCAUGAGAAUGGAGAUCCUGGGGAAGAGAUAUAUUACCUUGGUGUUAUCGACUGUUUGACCCACUAUGGCAUGAUCAAGAAGAUGGAGCACUUUUGGAAGGGCCUUUCUCAUAACAAGAAUCAGAUCUCGCCUAUACCUCCAGUCGCCUACGGUGAACGGUUUAUCAACUUUAUUUCAAUCAUAACAAGAUCAAGGGAAGAAGCUGAGAGAGCCCGGCGCUACCACGAUGAAGCUCAAGGCGAAUCAGAAAUGGAUGCUCCUGUCCGGUCCCCCGCUGAGAAGGCGAUGGAUAGAGCCGAGAAGGAAGCAGUAAAAUCUGCAAAGUCUCUUGAAAAGCAGCCUGAGCCUCGAGAUCGUAUUUUAACUACGAUUCGGACCACCGAUGGUGAACUGCUGGGCUCAACUGCGCAGGCUACUCAGCUUCCUGUUGUAGAAGAGGUUGGAGAGGGAAGCAGCACUGGCGAUAGAAGCGGGAAGAGCGGUAUUAACCACAGCGGGCGCUUGCAGGAAUUUGCUCCAGAGAACACACUCACCUCUGAUCCGCGACGACGAACGUUCCGUACGGCUCUAACGCCACCUGGCCCUCCGCCUGACCGACCACCGCCGCCACCGAAAAUCGAUGCUUCUCCUCAUCGCAACAAGGGAAAGACCGUAUUAAGAGAUGGCUUGUCAUCACGAGAUAAAGAUCUACCAAUGCUUCCUCCUGAAUCAUAUGGAUCUCCGUCACCGAAUUACACCUAA